AUGACGACUAGCAUUAAGGAGGUGGCUAAAGAGGUAUUAGGUUUAACUAAGGGUGGAAGACAUAUCCCUAGAAAGACUUGGUGGUGGAACAACGAGGUCCAAGCUGCCAUUAAGAUUAAGAAGGAUUGUUUUAAAACUUGGCAGAGGACUAAAGAGCCUGAUGAUAGAGCAAGAUAUCACAUAGCUAGAAAUGAUGCUAGAAAGAUUGUGGGGAAAGCUAGGGCACAGAAAUAUGAUGAUUUGUAUGAAAAUCUUAACACAAAGGAGGGAGAAAAAGAGAUUUAUAGGAUAGCUAAGAUAAGAGAAAGGAUGAUCAGGGAUUUGGACCAUGUCAGAUACAUCAAAAGUGAGGAUGGUAGAGUGCUGGUAAGGAACAAGGACAUUAUGAGGAGAUGGGGUGAUUAUUUUUGUAACCUACUAAAUGAACAUACUAUGACUAAUAGGGUGAACCCAGAUGUGGAGGGGAGUAACCAUGAAGCCAAUACUCCUGAUGGACAUUUAUUACAAGUUGCCAAAAUCGAGGUUAAAGAGGCCAUGCGAAGAAUGAACAUAGGUAGAACUAUGGGACCGGAUGAGAACUCAAUUGAAGUAUGA